AUGACAAACAUUUAACAUCAUUUUAAACUAAUUGUCACAUAAACUAUAUUCUUAGCUGAUCUGAUUGAAACCACUAUUAGUCUAAGCAUAUUAUUUAUUCUAGUAAUGUAUUGGAUUAAUUGUAUAUAUAUUUCAUUCACUCUUAGCUCAGAUAUCCAGUAAUAAUGAAACUAUUAUUGAAAUAAUGUAAGCUAAUAUUACAUUAACAGGUAUUGAUUUGUAACAAACAAUUUCCUCAAUUGGAUUUUUAUUCAACAUCUCUAAGUUGGCUCUUAAUCAAUAAGAGAUAUCCCAACAAAAUUCUACUUUAGAAACUGUUACAGGAACUUUUACAGUUUAAGAAAGGUCUUAAAUUGCUUAGAUUGAAGAAUUAACUUAAAUAUAUAUUCCAAACCUUCCAUAUUAUGUGAUAUAACUCAAUUCAGAAAGUUUAUGUGCAUCGAAUAUAACUUUAAAUAAAUAUGAUUUUAAAUCAAGUCCUAAUUGCACUAAUAAUCCAAAAUUUUGUUAAUUAUUAGAAAACUCUAAUAAUUAUAAGGGUAAUUUUGAUCUUUUUUAAUAUAUGAAAAAUGAAAAGAAAGAUCAAGUUGUAUUUUAUACUUUGUUUCCAUUUAAUAUUUAAUUGAUAUAAAUUUGUGGAUUAUUAAUUAGUGAUUCAUUAUAUUAAUGUUUUAUUUUGGAUUUAGCAGAGUAUAAAUAUUCAGAAGGGAUAUUAUAUACAACUUUAUUUACUAUAAAUAAUUCAGUAAUUUCUGAUAUAAGCGAUGAUUGUCUCACUGUUGAUAUGAAAUGUAAUCCAGUUAUUGAAUUAAAUAAUUUGGAUUUAAAUGAUUAAAAUAAUAAUGACAUUGUUGAGUUUUUAGAAAGCAUAGAAAAAACUGAUUGGAUUAAUUAAAUUCAUUCAUUAACUCGUUAUUAUGAAUCAUCUAAUCCAAUUAUAAGUUUGUCUAUGGUAGAUAUAAAGGUCUAUUUUUAUUAAUCAAUUAAAAUUGGGACUUAUGACAUUGUAAUUAUUUAUAGAUAUGUGUUAGAAUGAUGAAUUUUCUUCAGAAUACAAGGAAGAUCUAUUAAAUCAAACUAAAGAAGAAUAAGAUAAAUUAAUUGCACUCCAAUAAAAUUUUAAUAGAUGGUAGUUACUUGCUACAUUCAAUAAUUAAUUAUUUACAAAUUUAGUAGAAACCAAAUAAGAAGAUUAUUUUGAUUUCUUUCUAUUCUUUUAAUUUUUCAUUCUAUUUUUAUUAUUGACUCCAAUAUUAGUCAAUAUUAUAACACAGAAUGAAUUUGAUUAAAUUAGUAUAACAUUAAAUUAAGUUUCAUUGAUGAUGUAAAUGUUUUUUGAAUUAGAUUAUGAUACUUUACAUAAAGAUUUAAAUACAUUUAAAGAAAACUAAAAAAGUAGUUUAACUGAAUUGAAUGAAUUAAUAUAAAUUUUUGAUGAAUUUUGUUGGUUGAUUGAAUUUCUAAAUCAGUUAAAUAAAAAGGUUCAUGAUUUAUAGAAAUUAGAAUAAGGAUUACAUAUUUUUGAGAAACGAAAUUCUAUUGAAUGUUUAGAAUUAAUCUUAAUGAAAUUAGUUUCAGAACAUAGUAGAUAAAAAGAUUAUGAGACUGCAAUCACAUACAAUAAAUAAUUAAUUUCUAUACUUGAAUAAUAAAAGAAAGAUAUUUAAUUAAUUAAAUCAGAAGAGAUUAUGAGAAUAAAUUACAAAUUAUUUCAAUCAUUAAAUUAAUUAUUAGAUCUAUUAUCAAAAUUAUUAAUUAGAAAUAAAAGUAGAGAUAGAAAUGCCUUUAAUUAAGCAAAAACAUUAUUUUCAAAUAUUAUGGAUUUUGCAGACACUUUAGAGAUUAAAUUCACUUUAUAAAUUAAAUUAUUCUUUAAAAAAUGUAAAUUACUCUUCAAUCUUAGAAAAAUAAAAGAAGCUGAAUAAUGUAUAGAUUAAGCUUAAUUAAUUUUGUAAUAAAAUUAUACUUUAAGUAAGAAUGCAUCUUAUUAAAAUAAAACAUUUAAUUAAGACAAAAAGUUAUUAUAAGUUGUUCAAUAAAAAAUUUAUUUUUAUAGAGGAUUAAUUUAUAUGUCUAGUGGUUAAUUAUAGCCUGCAAUAUAAUAAUUAAUGUUAGCUCUAGAUUAUGGAAAUGUAUAUUAAACAAAAUUAAGAGUAAAAACUAUUAAGAUGUUAUCUUCAUUACUUGCAAAAUAGGAGAAAUUUAGAUCUGAUAGUUAAAUUUUAAAAUAACUCCAAUACUUUUUCUAGAAUUAAAAAAGAUAAUUUAUAUUUUUAAUUGAUUCAACAUAAAGAAUGGCUGAAAAUUAACUUGAAGUUGUAGAAACUAUUAAAUAAGUAUUAGUUAUUAUAAUAAUUAGAUAUUUUAAAUAAUGAAUGAUGAUGAUUUAAUAUAAGUAUCAACUUUUGAUGAAUAUACACAUGUAUUAAUUGAAUCUUAAUCAAAAAUUAGUAUAUUAGAAACUAUGGGUAAAAAUUAUAUGGAAGAUGGGUUUUUUGAUUAUUUAAGCGGGAGAUAGACAUAAAAUUAACGAAAAUUAUAUUAAGGAAUUUUGGAAUCUUUAAAUUAAGGUGUACCAAGAAAAUAUACUAAUUAUUUAAUUGUAAUGACUUUUGGAGAAAAUUAUGCUGAAUAAAAUGAUAAAUUAAUUGAAUUGUUGGAAAAAUUAAGAGAUGGAUUUUGGCAUUUUGUAUUAUGUAGUACAUAAGAAAAGAAAUUUAUGAAUCAAAGGAAUACAUUUUAUCGAUUAACAGAUGAAGCUAGAGAUGGAACUUAUAUUGAAUUAUUUGCCAAUUUUGAAGAAGGUUUAAGUAAAAUUAUUUCACUUUGCAGUUGA